GCACGCCCGCCUACAUAUGCAGCGCGCGCGCCCGCCGUGUCUCCUUGUCUGACAGCGCCGGCCGAUCAAGCUCGCUCGCUCGCACCGACGACCAGGAGGAGCUCGAGGAGGACCGGUCGAUGGAGCACGGCGAGGGGAGGCACGAGGCGGCGCUGAGGGCGGUGCAGAGGGCGCCGGCCAAGCCGUGGCGCGGCGCGGGCGCGGCGCCGCCGCCCAGGGUGUACCGGGUGGAGCCCCGGGACUUCCGGGAGCUCGUGCAGAGGCUCACCGGCGCCGGCACGGCGUCGACGGCGACGACGACGCAGGCGCCGGCUCACGCGGCCGCGGCGCACGGGCGCGGGGAGGCCGCCCCCGUGGAGCAGUUCGACUACUCGUCGUGGUUCUCCGCGCCGCUGCUCAGCCCCGCGUCCAUGCCGGCCGGCAUGGACGGACACCAUGGCGCUCUGCUGUAGGAGAGCUGUACGUACUAUGGUCGCCGCUCGCCACUCGGCACUUGUAAAAUCGAGCUGAAUGCCACAGUUCCAUCGCUUCUUCCCUUCUCAUUAUUUUCUUUCGAGGGAUGACACAGGACAGUGCUUACAGUCGUGUACGUAAUUGGGUAUAAUUCUUUAUGCAUAAUAAAUGAAUUAUUAGUUUGCUCUGCAA